CAUCUUUUACACCAUCGCAGGCCAUCGUCCUCGCCAAAUGAUCCCCUCAACUGGCCGAAAUGGAGGAAGGUUGCACUUAUUCUGACGCUCACUUAUGGAACAGGUGUCGUAGGUGCCUUCGGCCCCAUCAUCGGCGCAGGCCUUGAACAAGUUGCUGAGAAUUUUGGAACUUCCGUUGAUUCUCUCUCCGAGAUCACAGGCGACUGUGUUAUUGCAAUUGGUCUGGUUCUGAUUGUGACAGCCCCUGCAAGUGUCAUUUGGGGCCGCCGCCCAACCUUCCUGGCGGGAUGCAUACUUUUGCUCGCUAGCUCCAUUUGGAGCGCACUAUCGAAAGACGUCGGUAAUUUGACGGCUGCCCGAGUCAUUGGGGGUAUGGGCAUGGCACCUGCGGAAUGCCUGGUACAAGCCUCCAUUGGUGACAUCUUCUUUGUGCAUGAACGAGGAAAGUGGAUCGCGUUAUGGAGCUUUGCUCUUCUAGGAGGUAUAUGUGGCGUGUCUAUUGUUAACGGGUACCUCAUCCAAAAUGCUUCCUGGCGUGUAUGCUUCGUCAUCAUGGCUGUCUUGUGUGCUGUCUUCUUGGUCUUGGUAUUCUUCUUUGUUCCUGAAACAGCGUACAAUCGCCCUGAGUCCCUCACUUCCAAAACUACGUCACCAUCAGACGAAUCACAUGAGAAGGAAGGUCCAGACAAAGUUACAGAGGUGCAGGUAUCAGAAGUCGAGAAGGCCUCGGGUCUUAGCAUUCAAUCAGAGACCGAACGACCACGUUCGUACUGGAGCUCCCUCAAGCCAUGGGAGAACCGCCGUUUCUCCGAUGCGAGCUUUUGGAAGUUAGCGAUUUCUCCGUUCACUUUUGUAUGUAGCCCUAUCGUCGCAUGGGGUACCCUCGUCUAUGGCUCAACUUCCGCUUGGCUCGUCGCAUUGUCUGUAUCUGUGUCAAUGCUUUUCUCCUCCCCGGCGUAUGGAUAUGAUUUCCAGGCUGGGCCUGUUGGACUCAUCUCUGGGGUCGGCCCGUUCAUCGCUGCCAUCCUAGGUAACGCGAUUUCCGGGCCUUUGUCUGAUUGGUCCGUGAAGUGGCUCUCUCGCCGGAAUAACGGAAUUUACGAGCCAGAGUUCCGGCUAUUCAUGAUAAUUCCAACAUUGAUUUUUACUACAAUAGGUUGGUAUGGAUGGGCCAUCAGCGCGAACCUCCUGGAUCUUUGGAUUGGUCCAGCUGUUUUCUAUUCCCUUUUGAAUUUUGGCCAGGCACUGGCGUCCGUUGCAGUCGUGUCCUAUGUGGUAGACGCGCACGCAGAUUAUGCGCCGGAGGCUUUCGCCACAAUCAAUUGCAUCAAAAAUUUGUUCACGUUUGGACUCACGUACUACACGGACCCUUGGCUGGACAAACAAGGUGUACUAAGAACGUUCUACACGAUUGGCGGGAUAAAUAUCGCUAUCUGCCUGACAACCAUCCCCAUGUAUAUCUAUGGGAAACGGGCGCGAAGCUGGGUUCAUAGGAGUUCUUGGAUACUUUCUUGA